UUGUGAAUUGUAUCUGAAAUUGUAAAUUGUAUCUGAAAUUGUGAAUUGUAUCUGAAAUCGUAAGUAUUACUGCGUAAGUUACGUGGACAAGUGUAAAUAAUAGAGAAAAUGGAGAAUGAAGUGAAGUUAACCGAGGCCCAGGCGAAGCCCGCGAAAAAAGUUUACCUACCGCCAAACCGAAGGAAUCCGCCACCCGAGUCCUUCAAUUCAAACAAAACAACAAACCAAACACUGAGGUCUCGUCAGUUUAAUGGCGGUGAUUUGUCUAAAAGUUCCAAGUAUCGUACUGAGUCUAGCACUGGCCCUAUCGUCGAGCGGAAUAUCCCACUCACUCCCGACGAUAUCAACUCUUUCUCCUCAAGCAUCGAUCGGAACCUCAGAAUUUCCACACAACACACUUCUAAUCUUACCUCAGAACACACUUCUGAUCGUAUCUCAGAUCGUAUCUCAGAACGUACCAUCACUACUACUUCCGAACGUACCUCCGAACGUACCAUUACUGAUCGUACAAUUAGUAACACUUCAGAUCGUACUGUGGGAGACCGUACAAUCUCCAAUACCUCAGAACGUAGUAUUGGAGACCGUCCGAUGGGAAGUAGGUACAGAUAUGUUGGAAAGGCUCCUACGUUGUGGGCGAUUAGGGGUGACCGUCGUUACUAUGAGGAGAAGGAGUCUGAGGUAUUUGAGCCUUUGAACCGUAUGAGUACGGGGAUUAACUUUAGCAGUUAUGAUAACAUUCCCGUCCAGAUGACUGGCGACUCUUCCAUCAAGCCCAUAGAGGAAUUUGACUCCUCAGUACAUCCCAAGUUAAUCCCUAACAUUCGUAAAGUUAACUACACAAAGCCUACGCCCAUACAGAAGCAUUCAAUCCCUGUGAUCCUGGCGGGCAGGGACUUAAUGGCCUGUGCUCAAACGGGUUCAGGAAAAACUGCAGCAUUUUUAUUACCAAUUGUAACCUCAAUGCUGAGGACAGGACCGCCAAAACAACCCACACUGAGUCCUCUGUACGGCGCCAGAGUUGCGUUACCCGUGUGCCUAGUACUGUCGCCCACCAGGGAACUGGCCGUACAAAUUUUUUCAGAGUCCAGAAAGUUCAAUUUCGGCACUGGAAUACGCACUGUAGUGUUGUACGGUGGGUCAGAAGUCAGGAGACAGCUAAUUGAACUAGAAAGAGGAUGUGACAUUUGUGUGGCCACACCAGGCCGCCUCACAGAUCUCGUCGAACGCAGGAAGAUAAUUUUCACGUGUAUUAAGUAUUUAGUACUGGAUGAAGCUGAUAGGAUGUUAGAUAUGGGAUUUUCACCACAAAUUAAAGCCAUUCUAGCACAUCCCACUAUGCCCACCAACCACAGGGGUACUAGGACGAGUACCCACAAAGACUCUCAUAGAGAUUUUAAAGAUAUUAUUAACUCUAGAGAUCACAGGGAUAAUAGGGAUAAUAGAGAUAGUAAAGAUAUUAGAGAUAGUAGAGAUAGUAAAGAUAAUGUGAGAGAUGUGAGGGGUGGAGGAGAGGCGGACCAAGCACCGUUACGGCAGACUGUAAUGUUUAGUGCCACAUUUCCUAAGGAGAUACAGCAGUUGGCCCGUGAAUUCCUGAGUGAUUACAUAUACUUAGCCGUUGGGCGCGUUGGAAGCACCAACGAGUUCAUCAAACAACGGCUUCUCUACGCAGACCAGGAUCAAAAGAUCAAGUACCUCAUCAAACUACUGAGGGACAAUACCAACCUCGGAGGCCUAGUGCUGAUAUUUGUGGAAACUAAGAAACGCGCGGAUCUCAUAGAGGGCUACCUGUUGAGUGAAAACUUUAAGGCUGUGAAUAUCCACGGUGACCGGAGUCAGGAGGAUAGGGAAAAAGCGUUAAGCUUAUUUAAGGCCGGGGUUAGGCCGAUUAUGGUCGCAACUGACGUGGCGGCCAGGGGUCUGGACAUUAGUAACAUUACCCACGUUAUUAACUGUGACUUACCCACGAACAUCGACGACUAUGUGCACAGGAUUGGAAGGACUGGGAGAGCGGGAAACAUCGGAAUUGCCACAUCACUCGUUAACGAAUCCAAUAGGCCAAUUUUAAAAGAUUUGUUACUGUUGCUACAGGAGAGUAAUCAGGAAAUCCCGCCCUGGUUUAAGAAACUCGUGAAUACAAUUGGGAGCCGGAGGGGUAUCACGGGUAACAUGGGUAACACCGGAAACAUGGGUAACACUGGAAACAUGAGUAACACUGGAAACACUGUUAACAGGAGAUACGGAAUGACCAGAGACGUCAGGGACACUGACGGAAUCAAGAACAAAUUCAACUCCGCCGGAACAUUUCAAGAGUUUGAAGACGAUUGGUGGUGACCUGUAAUAUAUCAUAUUUAUUCUAUUAUAUCAAUUUAUUAUUAUUAUUUA